UUGAAAAAUGGAAAUCCCCAUGAUCCCAGAGAAGUUAAAUGAACCUUUGGUUGAUGUGUCUUAGGAUUUAACCUCGGAAUAUAGCCUACACAUAUCUGCAUUUUCAUCAUUUAAAAAAUCUUAGAGUAUCAAAGAAUAUCAGAAAAGCACCAAAUUGAUGUUAUGGCCUCCUCAUGUUACGCCUCUACAGAGGAGACCACAAAUGCUUGUAGAGCCUGCAGGCUUCUCCUGGGUCCAUGUACAGAUCAACUGCGGGAUGUUUUAGUUCAUCAUGUACCACCAUCAACAUUUCCACACGUCAUUAAACAAAAAAGAAGUUAUCUUCCCCGUCUGACAGCUCAACAGAUGAAUUUUAUUUUACCGAGAGGUAGUAAUUAUACAGGAAAAUAUGAUGAUAUGGACAUUUCCUUAUUGUACAUACUACUUAGAAACAUUUGUGGAAUACCAACACACAGCAAUGGAUGGGGCUAUGUUCCAGACCCUACAGAUCGAUCUCUCUCUGCUAACAUUGAGAGAAUCCGCAUUGCCAGAAAUCAGUGUGUUCAUUCUUCUAGUCCUGUCCUCGCCAAUGUUGAUUUCAACUCAAUCUGGUCCACUGUAAGAUCAGCAGUUGUGGAUGUUGAUUCUUUCCUUAAUAACGGGAACCAGUUUGAAAAAGAGGUGGAUUUUUUGAGACAUGAGACAAUGGACCCUAUCCGUGACUGCCAUUACAUAGAACAACUGAGGAAACAGGCUGAAGAAGAUGCAGAAACUAGGAAAAUAGUCCAAGGCCUGAAACGAAAAUUAGAAGAGAGUGAGAUAGACAGAAUUGAAAAUCACAAUAAAAUGCUAAAAAUCUUUGAUAAAAUCAAAACACCAAAGUCUGUAAUCCCUCCGAACGUUAGAGACAUUUUUGAAAAAGAUCUCACACGAUGGAAAGAGGAAGAUGGGGUUUACAGUGAAAGCCACAGUUUUUCUGCAAUGUUGGAUCAAGUCAGAAAGCAAUCUUACAUGACAUUUGUUGGUGUCCCAGGAUCAGGAAAAUCGGCGACUAUUCAUCACUUAGCCCUGAUGCUCCAGAGAGAAGGAUACGAGGUUGUACCGAUUACAGAUAUCGGGAAGAUUGAAGAUUAUUCUGACUCGCGUCAUCCACAGGUUUUUGUCAUUGAUGAUGUGGUAGGUGUUUUAGGUCUGCAAAAACAAAAGUUAGAGUCAUUGAUAGACUAUGAAAAAAGAAUUUCAAAUCCUUCCAAUAGAAAUACAAAGAUAUUAAUGUCAUGUAGGGAAGCAGUUUUUAAUGAAUGUUACAAAUCAUUUUUCUCACAUGAAAAAAACACAAUUAAGAUGCAUAGCUGCAAAAAUGCAUUGAACGAUGAAGAUAAGAAAGCGAUCCUUGAGAAACACGACUUGGAUAGAGAUUUGUUGUCCCCUAUAUUACUGGCAGAAACAUUGGGUUUAUUUCCUCUGUUGUGUAAACUAUAUUCAAAAGUGAAGAAAUUUAGAAAGAAUGUUGAAAGGUUUUUUACCCGUCCAGCUGAAUGUAUAUUAGAAGAAUUUGAUAAAAUGCAAGUGCAAAAUAGUUUAUGCUAUGCUACAUUGGUCUUGUGCAUGUUAAAUGACAAUAAACUAUCAAAAGAAAUAUUGAACAGCACUGGAAACGUUGUUUUCUUGGAGAUGAAAUCAAAAGUAUUAGAAUAUUGUGAAGUUGAAAGUAACACUGAUGCAUUUAGAUUUGUAAAAGCAUUGGCAGCUAUGGAUGGGACUUACACAAAACUCUGUGGUACUGAGUACACUAUUAUUCAUGACUCUGUAUUUGAAAUUCUUUCAUAUCAUUUUGGUUCUCAGUUUCCAGAUCUUCUUUUGCAAUAUAUUAUCUGUGGUUUCAUUGCUAAUAAUGUGAAAGUACAAGAAUGUGAAGGAGAGUCGGAGGUUGAAUUUAAACAAGUUGUAAAUGAAGUGUUUAUUGGUGAGGAGCAUGAAUCAAUAAGUAGUAAAAGAAGCCAGGAUUUGUUUGAUCUCGUUCUUACGUUAAAAGAGGAUCAAUAUCCAAUGUUAGCAGAGCGUUUUUACAGAGAUAUAGAGAAUAUGGAGCUGUAUGAUGUUUUUAUGAAUAAUAUUUUGAAACAUCCGAAGGUGUGUCAUGCUUUUAUUGGGGUGUUAGAGACAAAGUCCUACACUGAGUUAAAGGCUUUAUUCUUGUCAGAACAGAAAGAUGCAUCUAAGGUUGUGAGUAAAGGAAAGCGUGUGAGGGAGAAGAUUGAGAGGUUGGAUGAGAGGAGCAGAGAAUGGAGCAGACAGGCGGUGCUGGUGAAUGAGAGGAUUGAUAAUAGAGAAAUAAAUUACAGUGUGAGGGUUAUCAGUUGGGUAGUUUACUACGGACACAAUCAGAUCCUAAAAUAUAUUUUGAAACAAAUUGAAUUACACAACGAAACAAAGAUUGAACUAUUUUGGAAUUCCUUUAGCCCAAGGUUAAUAUAUGAAACAAAAAAAGGAGAAAAUAACACUGAAAAAUAUAUUGCAACAGUCAAAUUAUCUUUAUUUAACUCCAUAUGUGAUACAACAAAUCAAAAACAGGAAAAUAGUCGGUCCAAUUUUGAACAUGACCGCUUAUUUGUAUUGAGUUGUUACAGUGGUGAUUUGGAAACUGUAAAUAUUUUAAUCAAGUUUGUCGAUAUAAAAAUGACAAACAAAAAAACCAAAUAUUUGUUUGCUGAUACACAACUGACAGCAGCAUGUAAGGGUGGACAUAUGAGUGUAGUGAAAGAGCUUAUUUAAGCCGGAGCUGAUAUCAAUGAACAAGAUGAGUUUGAUACACCACUGAUAGCAGCAUGUGAGGGUGGACUUAUGAGUGUAGUUAAGGAGCUUAUAGAAGCCGGAGCUGAUAUCAAUCAACAAGGUAAGGUUCAUACACCACUGACAGCAGCAUGUAGAGGUGGACAUAUGGAUGUAGUGAAGGAGCUCAUAGAAGCCGGAGCUGAUAUCAAUCGAAAAGUGAAGGAGCUUAUAGAAGCCGGAGCUGAUAUCAAUCCUCAAGGUGCGUAUAAUACACCACUGACAGCAGCAUGUCAGGGUGGACUUAUGAGUUUAGUGAAGGAGCUUAUAGAAGCCGGAGCUGAUAUCAAUCCUCAAUGUGGGUAUGAUACACCACUGACAGCAGCACGUGAGGGUGGACAUAUGAGUGUAGUGAAAGAGCUUAUAGAAGCCGGAGCUGAUAUCAAUCAACAAGGUAAGUUUCAUACACCACUGACAGCAGCAUGUGAGCGUGGACAUAUGAGUGUAGUGAAGGAACUCAUAGAAGCCGGAGCUGAUAUCAAUCAACAAGGUGAGGUUCAUACACCACUGACAGCAGCAUGUGUUGGUGGACAUAUAAGUUUGAAGGAGCUCAUAGAAGCCGGAGCUGAUAUCAAUCCACAAGGUGAGGUUCAUACACCACUGACAGCAACACCACUGAUUGAAGCAUGUGAGGGUGGACAUAUGAGUGUAGUGAAGGAGCUUAUAGAAGCCGGAGCUGAUAUCAAUCAACAAGGUGAGUUUCAUACACCACUGACAGCAGCAUGUAGAGGUGGACAUAUGAGUGUAGUGAAGAAGCUCAUAGAAGCCGGAGCUGAUAUCAAUCCACAAGGUGAGGUUCAUACACCACUGACAGCAGCAUGUAAGGGAGGACAUAUGAGUGUAGUGAAGGAGCUUAUAGAAGCCGGAGCUGAUAUCAAUCCUCAAGGUGGGUAUGAUACACCACUAACAGCAGCUUGUGAGGGUGGACAUAUGAGUGUAGUGAAGGAGCUUAUAGGAGCCGGAGCUGAUAUCAAUCAACAAGGUGAGGUUCAUACACCACUGACAGCAGCACGUGAGGGUGGACAUGUGAGUUUAGUGAAGGAGUUACUAGAAGCGGGAGCUGAUAUCAAUCUACAAAGUGUAAGUUCAUACACCACUACAGCAGCAUGUAUGGGUGGACAUAAGAGUUUAGUGAAGGAGUUUAUAAAAGCCGGAGCAGAUAUCAAUCAACAAGGUAAGUAUGAUACACCACUGACAGCAGCAUGUGAGGGUGGACAUAUGAGUGUAGUGAAGGAGCUUAUAGAAGCCGGAGCUGAUAUCAAUCCACAAUGUGGGUAUAAUACACCACUGAUAGCAGCAUGUAAGGGUGGACAUAUGAGUGUAGUGAAUGAGCUUAUAGAAGCCGGAGCUGAUAUCAGUCAACAAGGUAAGUAUAAUACACUACUGAUAGCAGCAUGUGAGGGUGGACAUAUGAGUGUAGUGAAUGAGCUUAUAGAAGCCGGAGCUGAUAUCAAUCAACAAGGUGAGUAUGAUACACCACUGACAGCAGCAUGUAAGGGUGGACAUAUGAGUGUAGUGAAGGAGCUAAUAGAAGCCGGAGCUGAUAUCAAUCCACAAGGUACAUUUCAUACAUCACUGACAGCAGCAUGUAGAUGUGGACAUAUGAGUGUAGUGAAAGAGCUUAUAGAAGCCGGAGCUGAUAUCGAUCAGCAAGCUGGAGACAAUACACCACUGACAGCAGCAUGUCAGGGUGGACUUAUGAGUUUAGUGAAGGAGCUUAUAGAAGCCGGAGCUGAUAUCAAUCCUCAAUGUGGGUAUGAUACACCACUGACAGCAGCACGUGAGGGUGGACAUAUUUGUGUUGGAAAGAGCUUAUAG